AUGGAACAUGUAUCACAAGUAGGUGAAAUGCGAUCGCGUCUAGCAGCAGAAACAGCUGAACGAGCUCAACUGAUUACAGCAUUACUACCAGCAGCACAGGACGCAGCAGUCUAUGAUUUGAAGGAGAUGCUAAAUCGAUAUAAAGAAGUGGUGAUGUUAAAUGAAGAACUUCUUACUGGGUGUUUUAUAAGACGUGCUACUCAAGAGCAGGCAGUCACAUCAUUGAAAAGUUUGCAUACUAUUUUGCAGCAGGCGGCCAGGCUUAGAGUGUACUGCUUAAAUGAAAUAACCAUCUUAAUAAAGCUACACAAUAUCGUAACGAACAUCAAUUUCAUCUGUCAAAAUGCACUUCUUAAAUUGUUUCUGAUAACGGAAUAUAAAGUUGGAAAAUACAGUAAAGCAGUUGUGGCGGCAAGUAGGAAAGCAGUUCAAAACAACAACAUAGAGGCACUUUUUAAAAUUAUCCAAGUCGGUGAUUCGUAA